GACGUUUUCCAAGUUCUCAAUCACCGGAAAUUGAAUAAGAAAGGAGCUCUCUCUACCAUUCCUGGUGAGCGAGCAGAGGAAGAAAACCUCAAGCGGGAUAGAUUAGAGGUAGAAAGAAUGGAGGGUGUGCUCUUUAUCACUAUCACUAAAGGGCAACAAGCUUCAAAAGAAGGAAAGAAAGAUUGA